AUGCGACAAGCAUCACACAUGAAUCUCCCACCUCCGCCUCCUCAGAACGACAAACCGAUCUUGUCUGCCACAUUCAUUCCAACCGGUGACUCUUUCGGCCCUGGAGUAGGGAUUCCUCCGCUCGAUGACUAUUCCUCUUACUCCCGGUAUGAGGCCCAAUUCGCCUCCGAGCCCUCGCUGCCCCACACCGACCAGAGAUAUUCAGACGGGACGACCAAUUCGCAUAGUUAUUCUUACCCGAAUCCCUCUCAGCCGAAUCCAGAUAUUGCGAACCGAGAAUCUCGUGCCGCUUCAGCGUCUUCCACCCGACCGUCUUUCACCAUCCCGGUGCGGGACGUGAACGAACCGCUUUCUCCAGGACCUCCCACUGCUAUACUCCAAAACCCACAAGGGAGCAGUGAGCACAAUCGGCAGCGGGCGUAUAGCGCUGCCGUUACAAGUGGAAGUGCCAACGAUAUCGGAUCACAAUGGCCCUUAGACCGCGUACUUUUAUGGCUAGCCACGAAUGGCUUCUCGAAUGACUGGCAGGAGACAUUCCGGAUUCUCAGGUUACAAGGCUCGGAAUUUCUCGAUCUCGGACGUGGACCUAAUGGCCGCGGGAACUUGGGCAUGUUGCACCACACCAUUUACCCACAGCUGGCCAAGGUCUGUUCUAGCAGUAGCACUGGCUGGGAUCAAGCCCGUGAGCGUGACGAAGGAAAGAGACUGCGGAAACUCAUAUCGCGCCUCGUGGAGCAGGGUGGUGAAGGACCGUCCAGCGCCGGGCAUGGUCAUCGCAGACGCGAAUCUGGCAUCCUUCCAAGUGCCUCAACAGAAGGUACCCUAGAGAAUUCACCUCACCUACCGAGAUCUGAAUUCAGUACUACCCCUGGCACCGCUGGUCCAGAAGGAAGUCCAGGUAAACAAAUGCCCGCGCAAUUCCCUACUGGCGUAGGGCCGCGCAAUUCCCAGUCGAGAAGCAGUACAAUGCCAGUUCUGAGUAAACACAGCAGCAGUUCUUCGACUCCUAGCGACCCCAAACCUCCAGACAGCCUGCAUAGCGGUAGCCGUGCGGAGUACUCGCGGAAUGUCCUCACCGGUAUCAACAACCGCGGCCGCCACAGUCCCAACAUGUCCGGCGACGCAACUUCCGGCUUGGUAGCGAAGGGAUUCGAAGCCUCUCCCAAUGCCAGCCCCGGUCUUGGAACUGCAGUGCCGGCAUCAUCUGCUAGCUCCACCUCUCUUACACACCGACCUGAACACAGCAAAAGCAACAGCACCGAUUCUAUGCUCAAAAUAACUGGCUAUUCGCGUUCUAAUAACAAUGUACAGGCCGGUCCAGAAAGCGGCAGAAACAAUACGGACGGCUCCUUCCCGGGACGUUACUACGCAGAUCGCCGCGAUGCACAGGAAAUGCCGAGACCGUCGCCUGUCGAAACUCAUCGAACCUGGAGCAACGAAUAUGCACCGGGACCGGGAGGAAAGGACCAGAGCAAAGGUUUUUUGAGCAAGUUUAUGAGAAAGCGUCAUGAGCACAAUCAACCACAUCCAGAUGAUCAUGCUCUAGAAUCGCCCACGAGCCCAGGAUCCUUCCGGUUAUUUUCGAAGCCGAGUGCAAAUGGCAGCGAAUCGACUUUACCACCCCAGCGGCCUGCCUCAACGAGUGUGGCGAGUGAAGAUGACAGGCCACUCCCGCUCCGGCGGACCCCAUCUGUCUCCAGGAGGUAUAUCUUCGUAACCCCCGAUGGCUGGAACUACCGACUUGUCGAUGUCACCGAGGUGGACAGCGCGAUUGCCUUGCGGAGCCUCAUAUGCAUCGAACUAGGGAUACCGGACGCCGAGUAUGCACACCUCUUUGUUACGGAACCCGGCCAAACCGAACACGAAAACCCGCUGUCGGACAAUAUGCUCGUCGCUGUUCGCAGUCGAACCGAUAACUCGGGCAGUUUGAAGUUGUAUGUCCAAAGUCCAACUCUGUCUGCAGUUUCGGGCCCUACUGGGCAAUCCACAGGGCUCGGGGUAUUGUUCAACCACGGAAUCCAAUCUGAUGGAAAUUCACGGGGAGCACCUAUGGUCAAAUCCAACUCAACUGGAGGAGGCGUGAUUUCAUCAUCAGGGGUAGAACAACCGAGGGCAGAGACAGACCUGCUUCAAAAGCAAGAAGAGUAUCGACGACAGACAGAGGCCAAGCACAGGGCAUACCUAGACUCUCGCCGAGCACAGAAGGAACAAAGCUCCACAUACAAUGGCAGCGGUAUUCGUGGAAGUACCGUCAUAGAUUUUGAUACUCCCCGCCUGUCUCCGUUCGAAGACAAAAAGGUUGACAACCUUGUCCCUGUGCGCCGACCACCAACCGCGCCAUCUGAGUCCAGCACUUUGACCAAGGUCAACUCCUUGAGGGCCAAAGGCUCGGGCAAUAGAUCCUCCCUGGAUGCCUUAAAGCGAAUUUCUGACCCGAUUGCCGAAGAAAACUCAGACCGCGGGAAGAGGAAGACCGACGCCGGUCCUAUCGCAUCGGGCGGGAUCGGUGCGGCUCUCGCAAACGUGGGCAGAAUGGCUGGUGCUCCUGCUGCCGUCGGUAGUCAGGGCUUCCCCUCUGAGAGAAAUCGAGUCACACCAGCGGCUGACUUGAAUCACAGAGGCGGCAAUUCAGGUAAGACACAUGGCCCUGGUUUUGUGGGAGGCAAGGGUCAUUUGCUGUCCAAGAUUUCUAACCAUGAAGAAGGGAUUGAUAUGUCACAAUACGACAUUCGAUCACGGAACAUCGCGCGAGACGACGAGCGACGUUACUCGCGGUCUCCAAGUACCAGUCCCUCGACGGAGAAGGCCCCUCGACCCGGACUUCAAACUAGAAAGUCUUAUGGCCCAGAUUAUGAUUUCAAGGAGACACAUGUAAAAUUCGCGCCGUCGCCGAUUCCAAUGAAGACGGAGGAUUCAGAUGAUGAUUCGGACGAUGGUCUCUUUGCCAUUCCAUUGGCGAAUAAGUCCAUACCCAAGAGCGAGGGCCAAAGCAAUAGCACAAAAGACCAAAGACCGGCCUUGACUGUGGAUACAGACCAGAAUGUGGGAAAGAAUGUUCGGUUCAAGUCGCCAGGCUCAGCCAGCGAAGUUUCGGGCAUUCCCAACACGGGAGACGAUAGUGCGACAGCCAGUGGAGACGGUUAUGAGCGCAGUCUCUCGGAGGGCAGUUUCAGUGGCUCCGCACAGUCUCCAGACGACCGCAUGGGCAGAAGGGACUCGUUCGUGAGUGAUAUCUGGGCGAAUCGACCGGCCGUGGAGAAUGUCGUCCAUCAUCUCGACGAAUUCUUCCCAGGCGUCGAUCUCGACAAACCGUAUCUUGAAGAAAAGGGCGACAACAAUUCACCACUGAAGUCGGCCGACUAUGACCCUCUGGAGAGCUUGCGGGCGGCUCGAUCAGGCGAUCUGACCUUUGGGACGGGAGGGCUAGAUCUCGAUUUCAACCGCAAGAGCGAGUCAGAUACACUCGGUUCGGAUGAAUCCACCCUGAAAGCGAAAGACCGAGACAAGGUGGCGAGUGUCGCCCAAAGGCAGGUAGGGAAGGCGUCAGGCGGCAUCGCGCGGAUGAAAUCCAUUCGUGAAGUGGCUCAAAAACGCAACGACAUCAAGCGAGGGCCGUCGGUUGCAGUACGGGCCGAACAGGCCAACGCUGGUAGCAUUGUGCGGCGGAAGAGCACCAAAAUGUUUGGGGCCAACAUCGUGCAAAUCAAGCCCAAGCCAGGCAGCCGUCUUUCGACUUUGGAUCCCAUCCCACAGGAAGACGUGCCUUCUGAAGACAUGCCGAAGCGUCAGGCGACGUUCAAGAUCAUCCGGGGUCAACUGAUCGGGAAAGGGACCUAUGGCCGUGUGUACCUUGGCAUGAACGCGACAACUGGUGAAUUCCUGGCGGUCAAACAAGUCGAGGUCAACCAGAAGGCUGCCGGACAGGACAAAGAUCGCAUCAAGGAGAUGGUGGCUGCGUUGGACCAGGAAAUCGACACCAUGCAACACCUGGAACAUCCCAACAUUGUCCAGUACCUCGGUUGUGAACGUAAAGAGUUCUCGAUCAGCAUCUACCUCGAGUAUAUUCCCGGUGGCUCCAUCGGCAGUUGUCUUCGCAAACACGGCAAGUUUGAGGAGGCGGUUGUUCGAUCACUCACCCGACAGACGCUGGAAGGGUUGGCUUAUCUGCACCAUGAGGGCAUCCUCCACCGGGACUUGAAAGCGGAUAAUAUCCUUUUGGACUUGGACGGGACCUGCAAGAUCUCCGACUUUGGCAUCUCGAAGAAGUCGGACAAUAUCUACGGCAACGACGUGACCAACAGCAUGCAAGGGUCUGUUUUUUGGAUGGCCCCUGAAGUGGUGCGCUCUCAAGGACAAGGCUACAGUGCCAAAGUGGACAUCUGGUCCCUCGGGUGUGUAGUCUUGGAGAUGUUUGCAGGGAAAAGACCGUGGAGUCGCGAAGAGGCCAUUGGCGCCAUCUUCAAGCUGGGAAGCCUGAGUCAAGCUCCACCUAUCCCGGAAGAUGUCCAGACGACUGCUACUGUGGACGGAUUGAAUUUUAUGUACGACUGUUUCCAAGUCAACCCGACCGAUCGACCAACCGCCGACACCCUCCUUCGACACUCGACAUUCUGUGUCCCCGACCCCUACUAUAACUUCUACGACACCACGUUGGCGGCCAAGUUGAGGAACGUUGACGGGUCAGGACUUGGUGGGUGA